UUUUGAUAAAGAAGAAGGUGAGAUUUUUGUUCCGAGAACUCCGCCAGAUAAAAUGUCGAAUUUUGUGAUAAACGGCCUGCUACAGUGCCGCAAUCCGUUGCUCGCAUUUCGCCGGUUCCGGGGAAAGAUGAACAUCCAGCGACCGCGACAACCGCAUUACGAAAGAGCGCGUGUGCUCGAGGUCGUGAAACCGUACUACAAGAAACCGUCCUUCAACGCGCCGUGCGUGGAGGCUCAGCUUACCCAAGAGACUCGUAAGGUCGAAAACCCGUACGAAGCGAUCGUAGCGCGUGAGGCGCGCAACUGGUUCGAACAGAGCCGGCUCGUGGCGUUCUUGCACGUGAACUCGAUCCGCCAGGAGGACAUGUUCAAGGUACAAGUAGCGCUGCAUCGGCAUCAGGUCACUGUGAAGGUGUACGGAAAGUCGAUAAUGCAGAAAGCCGUCCAGGGAACUAAGUUCGAACCUAUCCUACCACUGUUCGAGGCCAAAACGGCACUCGUGUUUGGCCCGGAAGAGCGCAAAAUCAAUCAGCUGCUCAGUGUGCUAAAGAAAGCGCCACAACUCGUGUUGCUGGCCGGCAUCGUCGAGGGUCGUCUAUUGAGUAAGCAGGAACUGGUGGCGUAUGCCAGCAUGCCGGAUCUAACGACCGUCAGAGCGCAGUUUGCUGCUGUACUAGAGAGCGCCGGUGGUAAGAUUGUCAGUGAUCUGCAGUGCCAUCAGCAGCAGCUGGUUAAUCUUUUGGAUGCACACGCCCGAAGUAAUGAAGCAGAGCAAGCAGAUACAACCAAAGGCAAGGUAGUAGACAGUUGAGGGGCAUUUAAGGAAAGGAACUUUGUUAAGUAAAGAGUAGUUUAUCGUUAAAAUAUAUUCCGCCAAUCCGCUAAAACUUCGCCUCAAGCG